CGGCGCUCCCUCGACUCCCCCCGUCACCUCGCUCGCCCAUUCCUCUGCCCACCAUCGUAGGCCCUCGCUUUCAGCAUCUACACCCUAAAUUCGCAACUCUCCUCUGCCGCCUCCCUCCCGGCUCGAUUUCCUCUCCCUUUGAUUUUGUGCGUUUGCGCAUCCUUCUAUUCUCUUCACGCAAUACCCUUCCUUUGUUGCAACACAAUAGUCUCCUUGUACUCUUUUUUAAUUUCUAAACCCUGCCUAUUUCUGCUUCUCCACGACACCCGCUCUCGACCUGCUCAAAUACCGUCGCAAAAGUGCAGCCGUUGGCCGAUUAGAUCCAGCAGACGAACAAUGUAUUAAGACCCACGAACUCUUCAUACAAGAUAGCAACAAGACCAUCUCGAUAUACACCAACACUAUAUUCACCGCCGCAUAGACGAUACACCCAAGAUGAUGGCGACCGAGAGCCCAGUCCCGGUACCGGCUCCCUCCACCAGGGGUGUUACCGGGAGGACAAGAGCUAAAACAAGAAUGAACUCCAACGGAUACCAUCCAGCAAACGCGCCAGUACCUCUGAGCGCCAUGUCCAACAACGCCUUAGAUAUGACAUCCGUGGAACGCCGCGGCCAACCUACAGCUGUUCGCGAGCCAGUGCGAAAGACGACACGGCCUCACGGCAUUACCGACGCUCCUACAUAUUGCCCGACAGAGGAGGAAUGGCGCGAUCCUGUUGAAUACCUCAAGAAGAUCGAAGCUGAAGCCUCCCAAUAUGGUAUCUGCAAAAUCAUUCCGCCUGAUUCGUGGAAUCCAGACUUUGCCAUUGACACAGAGAAAUUCCACUUCAGAACACGCAAACAAGAGUUGAAUUCUGUCGAAGGCAGCACUCGCGCAAAUUUGACGUACUUGGACGGCUUGUCCAAGUUUCACAAACAGCAAGGUAAUAACCUCCACCGCUUGCCAUAUGUUGACAAAAAGCCUUUGGAUCUUUACCGACUCAAAAAGGCAGUCGAGACGCGUGGCGGCUUUGACAAUGUCUGCAAACUCAAGAAAUGGGCAGAGAUUGGUCGUGAUCUUGGAUAUAGUGGCAAGAUCAUGUCGUCGCUGUCCACCUCGCUCAAAAACUCAUACCAGCGCUGGCUUUGCCCAUAUGAAGAUUACCUCCGCUUGGCCAAACCAGGUGUGCACCAGCAACUGGAGCAGGAGCAUGGUGGUCCAUACACCCCAAGCCCAAGUCAAACACCCAUGAAGCGAUCUGCUGCCAAUACUCCUGCCGCUGGGAAAGAAGAUUCCCCCGUUCGUCAGGCUACAGAUGCUCUGACUUCCGAACUGAAGAAGGAAUCUGAUGCAGAUGUUGCCAUGGCUGAUGCGCCACCAGUGAACGGUGCAGCGUCCGGCUUUAAGGCUAUUAAUGGUGGAGGCUUCACCGCUGUCAAUUCUGGCUUUAAAAGUAUCAACAGAGAUGCCAAGAGUUCAACUCCUGACGCAGCAGCGUCAGAGAAACACAGCACGCCUCCAGUUACGAAAUCCGAAGAAGGAUCUGGGCUGGCACCAACCGCCACUAUCAAGCGCAGAUCUAGUGUCGAAGAUGCUGAUACUAAGGAGGCGGAUGGCGAUGCGGUAAAAGAAGAUGAGGACUCAGGCAAGCGCCGCAGCAAGCGCGUCCGUAAGGAAAACGUGCCAACCGUCACUGGAUCGCAUAUUUCCCAGUUCAAGCCAACAACCCCACUCACUCCUCGGGAGCCUGCUAUCUCAUCUGGAGAAAUCUGCGAUGCCUGUGGGCAGGGUGAUGACAUCGGUUUUGUAGCUACCUGCGAUUCAUGCGACAACUCUUAUCACGGCUCUUGCCUUGAUCCACCAGUCACGCGCAAACCUGAUGGCGAGUGGAAUUGCCCGCGUUGCCUUGUUGGUGAUGGUGAGUUUGGGUUUGAAGAGGGCGGCCUGUACUCGUUGAAGCAAUUCCAGCAAAAGGCCAACGACUUCAAACAAGGCUACUUUGAAAACAAAAUGCCAUACGAUAGCGCCUUGAAGUGCCAUCGGCCUGUCACUGAAGAGGACGUCGAGAAUGAAUUCUGGCGUCUCGUCGCAGACCUGGAAGAAACCGUCGAGGUGGAAUACGGCGCAGAUAUCCAUGUAACAACACACGGAUCCGGAUUUCCCACUGUCGAGAAGCAGCCCAACAACCCUUACUCAACGGACCCUUGGAACUUGAAUGUUCUUCCUUUCCACCAUGAGAGUCUCUUCCGACAUAUCAAGUCUGAUAUAUCCGGUAUGACUGUACCCUGGGUGUACGUCGGCAUGAUAUUCUCUACUUUCUGCUGGCACAAUGAAGACCACUACGCCUACUCUGCAAACUACCAACAUUUUGGUGCUACCAAGACUUGGUACGGUAUCCCAGGAGAAGACGCAGAAAAGUUUGAGAAUGCCAUGAAGGAAGCCGUUCCAGAAUUGUUUGAAACUCAACCAGAUCUCCUCUUCCAACUAGUCACAUUGUUGACUCCGGAGCAGUUGAAAAAGGCCGGUGUUCGUGUUUACGCCGUUGACCAGCGCGCGGGUCAGCUUGUCAUCACAUAUCCUCAGGCUUAUCAUGCCGGGUUUAACCACGGCUUCAACUUCAACGAAGCUGUCAACUUCGCGCCUGCUGACUGGGAACCAUUCGGUCAGGCCGGAGUGGAGAGACUCCAAGUUUUCCGACGCCCCCCGUGCUUCUCUCACGACGAGCUUCUUUGCACUGCCGCCGACGGAGUCGUUGCAGGCCUGAAUAUCCAGACAGCCAAGUGGCUAUCACCAGCUUUAGUUCGUAUCCGAAAGCGUGAGCUGGAGCAACGUGACCACUUUGUCAAGCAACAUCUCUCAGCCAAGCCACACGCAUGCCAAUGGUUUUCUGAUGAGAAGGGUGAGGGUGAAUGCUCACUAGAUUUCAAGGUCGAUGAUCAAGAAGUCGUAAACGAGGAUGAGCAAUGCUGUAGCUACUGCAAGUCUUUUGCUUUCCUUUCGAGGUUUAUUUGCCAGCAGUCUGGCAAAGUCCUCUGCAUUCUCCAUGCUGGUUCACAUCCUUGCUGCGACGAAACUGAGGAAAACAGGUUCUUAGGCAAAGGCCACACGCUCAUUUAUCGCAAGACGGCCGAAAUGAUGGAGUCAACCUAUCAAAAAGUCAUCGAAAAAGCCCAUACUCCCGAAGUAUGGGAACAAAAAUACGAGAAGCUUCUCGACGAGGAGAUAACGCCAUCCUUGAAAUCCUUACGUGCUCUUCUACAUGAAGGCGAACGUGUUCCGUAUGAUCUCCCUUCCCUACCGGUCUUAAAAGAAUUUGUCGACCGUUGCAAUGAUUGGGUAGAAGAGGCGACUAAUUACAUUGUUCGAAAGCAACAAAACCGACGCAAAAACGAGAAAGCGUGGCAGAGCGGAAUGAGAAAAUCCAUCGGAAGCUCCCAGCAAGACCAAAAAGAACGCGAAUCGCGAAACGUUAGCAACAUCUACCGACUUCUACGAGAAGCCGACCACAUCGGAUUCGACACGCCAGAAAUCGCCCAGCUGCAAGAACGAUCUGCCGCUAUCAAAGAAUUCCAAAUUAACGCAUCCAAGGCUCUCGAAAAGACCAGCACACUGUCGGCUGAAAUGAUUGAAGAACUUAUCGAAGAAGGCCGAGGUUUCAACGUUGAUACCCCCGAAGUUGAUCGACUUGCGCGAGUGCUUGACCAGCUACGUUGGAAUGAAAAGGCCCGAACCAGUCGAGGAAUCUAUCUUGCUCUUAAUGACGUUCAGGAACUCAUUGACGAAGGCAAACGACUAGAAAUUCCUUCGUACAAUGAUCAUUUCAAAUUCUACUGUGAUCAGCUGUCAGCCGGCCAGGCGUGGGAGACCAAAGCGAGGGAACUUAUUCAUGCGGAAUUUGUUCACUAUCCUCAACUGGAAGCCUUGUCCAGUCAAGCCCAGGCUGGGGCUCUGCCCGUCUCACGCGCAACUUUGGCUGAGAUUGACCAAAUCUUGCACAAGCAGCGAGAGGCUCACAAGCAGAUUAUUGACAUUACUGAGCGCAGCCGACUUCCCGACAUCCAGGAUCGGCCCAAAUACAAUGAGGUUCUUGAACUUACCAAGAAGCUGGAGGCUCUCAAUUCAAAGCCCAACGGAACAAUUGAGCUUGAAAAUGAGCGAAAGCGUCACGAGGACUGGAUGAGGAAGGGCAAGCGUCUGUUUGGCAAGUCCAAUGCGCCUCUUCAUAUCUUGCGCAGUCAUCUUGAAUAUGUUUUGGAGCGCAACUCAAACUGCUUCAAUUUCGACAAUGACACUCCCCGCUUGCCUGGUGAGCCGGUGUCGCGCGAGGUCACACCUGAUCAGAACGAUAAUCGAUUUGAGGAUGGCAAGCAGCGCCAAGUAUUUUGCAUUUGCAGAAAAAUAGAGGCCGGCAUGAUGAUUGAGUGUGAGCUCUGUCAUGAGUGGUACCAUUACAAGUGUCUCAAGAUUGCUCGUGGCAAGGUUAAGGAAGACGACAAAUACACGUGCCCUAUUUGCGACUGGCGAAUGAAGAUCCCACGAGAUGCGUCGCGGCCAAAGAUUGAAGACCUUUUGGCUUUGCAAGACGAGAUUGCAACUCUUCCUUUUCAACCUGAAGAAGAAGAUAUCCUUGCAAGCAUCAUUAACAAUGCGCAGACGUUUAGAGAUCGCAUUGCUAGAUACUGCAACCCCGUCCUUUCAACCAAGGCUGAAGCGGAAACUCAGCGAUUCUACUUGCGCAAACUGGAAGGUGCCGAAGUUCUGCUUGCCUAUGAAACAAACUUCUUCCGCCAGGAGCUUCACAAGUGGUACCCAGUUGCUCCGGAAGCGCCCCCAAUUCUGGAAGUAUCGUUGAGUACUAGAAAGCCUCGGCCUACCAAGCUGCAAAAGAUGCUGGUGGAAUACGGUGUCGACAACCCUGAUGACCUGCCCGAACAUGCCAAGGGCAAAGCCAAUAGUCUCAGAAGAAAAGCCGCGAAUGCUGAGGCUGCAGCCCAAGCAGCUCAAGCGGGUAACAGACCAUUGAUGCCGCCUUCAGCAGAUGGAUCAUAUGGUCCUGGCCUACUAUCUGGCGAAGGGCGCACUGACGACGGUGACAGCCACAUGCAAGGCGACAUGGAUGAUGACAACGACUCUCAGCAUGAUGGUGAUAGCACUAUGCAUGAUAGUAUUGCCAUGAGCUCCGGGCCCCGGCUUCAUGUAAACAACGCAAAUCUCACGUUUGAAGAGCGACUGCUUCAAGGAGAUGAAGACUUGGAUCUGCAUUCUGAAGCCGGAAAGGCUAAAGCUCUUGAAAUCCUAGACCGCACUGCCGAUGGGCGUAAGCAAGCUGAAAGAAUUUACGGGCCAGAUGUCUGGGAUAUUGCCAAGGGUGUGCGACCCAACCGCGAAGAACCUGAUGCAUCAGUUUCUGCUGGCGUCGAGAAGGAGGAUGAAAAGACGAACAAGAUCUUUGAGGAAAUGACAAACCAAGACGAAGAGGAGCAGACGAAGACUGUCAAGGGUGCCGACGAAAACACGGUAACAGCUGAGUCUCUGGAGCACGAGAGAAAUGAUUUAGAUGCCAUGAUUGAUGGCGAAUAGUUGGUACAAGGAGCGCGGACAUGAUAUCAUUGUUGGGGGGAAUGGCGUUGAAUUUUUGCUAGAAUUGGAGGCGGUUUGCUUCGGAGUAUUUCGGGUCUAUGUAUUAGUAUAUCCAGUGUUCAAUUACUAUAAUCAAUGUUGUUUACUUUUUUCCUCUUU